GAAGGAGGAGGAGGAGGAGGAGGGGGAGGUGGUGGAGGUGGAGGCUGAAGCAGAGCGAGAGGCGAUCGCGGCGGGGCGGCUCGGCGGGGCGGCGCGCGGCCCAGAAGCGUUGGAAUCCUGAAUUGAGACGGCUACGCCUGAAGACAGCAGGAGUGGCGGGGCAGCCGCCGUCGCCGGAGAGAUGAGCCGGGAAGCCUGAGGCCGGAGACGCCCGCCCUCGGGCCUGUCCGCCCGGCUUCCCCGCUCCCGGUUACUGGAAGAUGAAAGAGACUAUACAAGGGACCGGGUCUUGGGGGCCUGAGCCUCCUGGACCCGGCAUAGCCCCAGCUUAUUCAAGUCCCAGGCGGGAGCGUCUUCGUUGGCCCCCACCCCCCAAACCCCGACUCAAAUCAGGUGGAGGGUUUGGGCCAGAUCCUGGGUCAGGGACCACAGUGCCAACCAGACGCCUUCCUGUCCCUCGGCCCUCUUUUGAUGCCUCAGCUAGUGAAGAGGAGGAAGAAGAAGAGGACGACGAGGAUGAAGAUGAGGAAGAGGAAGUGGCAGCUUGGAGGCUGCCCCCCAGAUGGGGUCAGCUGGGAGCCUCCCAGCGGCCUCGCCCUCCCCGCCCUGCUCAUCGGAAAACGUGUUCACAGCGCCGUCGCAGAGCUAUGAGAGCCUUCCGGAUGCUGCUCUACUCAAAAAGCACCUCGCUGACAUUCCACUGGAAGCUUUGGGGGCGCCACCGGGGCCGGCGGCGGAGCCUUGCACACCCGAAGAACCAUCUUUCACCCCAGGAAGGGGGUGUGACACCACAGGUGCCAUCCCCCUGCUGUCGUUUUGACUCCCCCCGGGGACCACCUCCCCCCCGGCUGGGUCUGCUAGGUGCUCUCAUGGCUGAGGAUGGGGUGAGAGGGUCUCCACCAGUGCCCUCUGGGCCCCCCAUGGAGGAAGAUGGAUUAAGGUGGACUCCAAAGUCUCCUCUGGAUCCUGACUCGGGCCUCCUCUCUUGUACUCUGCCCAACGGCUUUGGGGGACCACCUGGGCCAGAAGGGGAGCGAAGUCUGGCACCCCCUGAUGCCAGCAUCCUCAUCAGCAAUGUGUGCAGCAUUGGGGACCAUGUGGCCCAGGAGCUUUUUCAGGGCUCAGAUUUGGGCACUGCAGAAGAGGCUGAGCGGCCUGGGGAGAAAGCUGGCCAGCACAGCCCCCUGCGGGAGGAGCAUGUCACCUGUGUGCAGAGCAUCUUGGAUGAAUUCCUUCAAACUUAUGGCAGCCUCAUCCCCCUCAGCACUGAUGAGGUAGUAGAGAAACUGGAGGACAUUUUCCAGCAGGAGUUCUCUACACCUUCCAGGAAGGGCCUGGUGCUGCAGCUGAUCCAGUCAUACCAGCGGAUGCCAGGCAAUGCCAUGGUGAGGGGCUUCCGAGUUGCCUAUAAGCGGCAUGUGCUGACCAUGGACGACCUGGGGACCUUAUAUGGACAGAACUGGCUCAAUGACCAGGUGAUGAACAUGUAUGGAGACCUCGUCAUGGACACGGUCCCUGAAAAGGUGCAUUUCUUCAACAGUUUCUUCUAUGAUAAACUCCGUACCAAGGGUUAUGAUGGGGUGAAAAGGUGGACCAAAAACGUGGACAUCUUCAAUAAAGAGCUACUGCUAAUCCCCAUCCACCUGGAGGUGCAUUGGUCCCUCAUCUCUGUUGACGUGAGGCGGCGCACCAUCACCUAUUUUGAUUCGCAGCGCACCCUGAACCGCCGCUGCCCUAAGCAUAUUGCCAAGUAUCUACAGGCAGAGGCAGUGAAGAAAGACCGGCUGGAUUUCCACCAGGGCUGGAAAGGUUACUUCAAGAUGAAUGUGGCCAGGCAGAAUAAUGACAGUGACUGCGGUGCCUUUGUGUUGCAGUAUUGCAAGCACCUGGCCCUGUCUCAGCCAUUCAGCUUCACUCAGCAGGACAUGCCCAAACUUCGUCGGCAGAUCUACAAGGAGCUGUGUCACUGCAAACUCACUGUGUGAGCCUCGUAUUCCAGGCCUCAAGCCCAUUCAUUAAUGGGCAGGGGGACAUGGGAGACCCUUCCUUCCCAAGAAACUCCAGUUCCCUUUGUCUCUAGCCUCUUCCCACCCAAUUCCCUUUGGAUUUUCAUAUUUAAAUGUUUUAAUUGAUUUCUGUAUUUUUUUUUUUCUUUGAGAGAAUAUUUGUUGAUUUCUGAUGUUCAGGGGUUGGCCAUGGAAAAUCCCCUUUUUCCUUCUGUCUACAGGGGAGUAUGGCCUUGUGGCCUGGGUGGGGCAGUCAUCUCCCUUCCAUGUGCAGGGCUGGGGGGCAGCAAAAUCUGUGCUGGGGUGGUGGGCGGGCAAUGGGAUUACUGCCUGCCAGAUCUUCAAACUUUUUUUAAUAUAUAUAUAUAUAUAAAUACCAUGGUCCUUCUCUGGUCAAUAAAGGAUCCUUUGGAGAUA